AUGCAGUCAGUCAAAGGCCCAGGCAAGAUGUCCCUCACAGCAGACGACCACGUCGAGCUCCUACUCAGCUGCGUGAACCGUACCGACGGCAGCAAAAUCGACUUCGCGGCCGUAGCCCAAGACUGCAACAUCACCUCCGCCGGUGCUGCCGCCAAGCGCUACCACCGCCUCCUGAAAUCCCACCGCGAAGCCAAAGCCAGCGCGAAUGCCAGUGGCAGUAGCAGCGCCGACGUCGGCACCAACGAGCCCGUGCACGACAACGACAACAGCAACGACAACGCCAACGCCAACGACAACGCCGACGGCGAAGCCGAAGCCGAAGCCGAAGCUGAAGCCCCGAGCGCGCCCAAGAAAACGCCCAAGAAGCGCAGGGCACCCGCGGCCAAGGCCGAUGGGAAGGAACCCACGCCCAAGAAGAAAAGGGGCAGGCCUGCGAAGGUCAAGGUGCAGGUGGAGACGGCGGCUGCUGUGAAGCAGGAGGAGCAGGAGGACGGGGAGAUGCAGAAUAAUGUCUCCGUCGACAUCAACGUCAAUGUUAAGGAGGAGGUGGCGGAGGAGGAAAUGCCUGAUGUGGCUCCUGCGGGUUGUGGUGAGGCUGUGGAUGGAGGUGCUUAG